GAUUGGCUGAAAUGAGCAAAACAACAUCAUUCUUCAGCUACUCCAUAAUUCACUUGAAACUACUAUUCUGAAAUAUGUUGAACAUGAAUAUCAACAAGGGUGCAGAAUAUCGCAACAACGCAAAUUUUGAACUCAGAAAUUAGUGUGAUGGAAAGCGAGGUGAAUGGUAAUAAUUGUCCACCGGCGCUGAACAAGAAUAAGGCUGUGGUAGCAACGAGUAGCAGUGUCGAGGAUCUCAGCGAAUACACCGACGCUGAUGAGUCCAUUUCGGCGCCUACCGAGAUACUUGCUGAGUUUCUAUCUGCAGUAAUGCUGAAAGACUAUGAGAAUGCACUCAAGUACUGCAAAAUGAUUCUGCAGUAUGAGCCGAAUCAUGCAACUGCCAAAGAAUUUUAUCCACUGAUUCUUGAAAAAAUCAUUCAGGCUUCAGCCGAAGCCGAAACAACUAACGGCAACCACACCAACGAACCCACGACCGACUCGACUAGUGACUCCGAGGAGGCAGCCGAAGAGGAGGAGGAGGACGAGGAUGAUGAGGAGGAUGAUAGCGAGGAGACGAGCGAAUCUAGCAGUGAAUCUAUGGAAGACGAAGAGGGAGAAAAACCUCCCAGCGACUCUGACGGCACCACGGCCAGUUAUUCCAGUCUGGAAGACGAGGAGGCAGAUAGUAUUCAGAUGAAUACUGUCAGUACUCAGCCGAACGAUAACGAGUACCAGAGUAACGGCAACAAGGAGCUGAAUAAUUCCGACUCUGAGUCUCCAACGGAACCGGUCAGUCAGAUGUUGGUACAACAACUCAGGUCUCUGAUAUUACCUGAUAAGUAAUAGAUGGUUGGGUUUCAGAGUAAGGAUGGAGAGAUGUGAUCAAUGUGCAUAUAGUGAGGUCCACGUUAUAAUGGCAGUGAAGAAAGAUAGGUGAACAGCGUAGCCGAUUCUCUCAGUUGCCACUGCUGUAGAGGAUAACUGAUGCCGGUAUAAUAUUAAAUGUUCAUUUUUGUUUGAAAAUAAUAAACUAUUCAUUUUAUUGACCGAGCGAAGUGAGGUCCAAGAUUCAAGUCGAUGAUUUGGCAUUUCUUUUA